AUGUCAACAGAGCUGAAGAACAUCAAAAUCGUCUCCAAGGUCUCCCAAGGAGCCUUUGGAGAAAUCUACGAAUGCAUAGAUAAGGUCACUGGAACGAAACUAGCCUUGAAGAUUGAGAAAAAGACCUCAAUUUUCCAGCUUAAACAUGAAUUUUCCGUAUACAGGAGAAUAGCCGGCAUAAAUACUCCAAAAGUGUACGAAUAUGGAAAGAUUGAGAUAGACAGUUCUUAUCUUAACUGCAUGACCAUGGAGCUGCUAGGAGCCAGUCUAGAAAAGCUUUAUAGUUCACUGAACCGAAUGUUUUCGUUAAAAACAGUUUUUAUGAUAGGAAAGUAUUGCCUGAAUAGAAUUGAGUAUCUACACCACAGACACUACAUUCACAGAGAUAUUAAGCCUGAUAAUUUUAUGACCGACAAGUCUAUGACCAAGCUUUAUCUUAUUGACUACGGCCUAUCUAAGGAGUUUAGAAAUCCCAGCACACUCCUGCACCGACCGCUAAAACAAGACAAGAAUUUAACGGGAACAGCACGAUAUGCAUCAUUAAACACCCAUCUUGGAUACGAGCAGAGUAGAAGAGAUGAUCUUGAAAGCCUUGGGUUUAUGCUAGUUUAUUUUAUGAAAGGACAGUUGCCCUGGCAAGGCUUAAAGGCAGAAAAUAAGUUUGAAAAAUAUGCACUAAUAAAGGAGGUUAAACAGCGCACAACAAUAUAUAAUCUAUGUGACGGUCUUCCAAACGAAAUCUAUCUUUAUUUGAUUCAUGUGCGGAAUCUUCAGUAUGAGGAAAGUCCCAAUUACGAGUAUCUUGAGUCUUUGUUUGAAAAUGGACUGAGAUCUCGGGGACUGGAGGAUGAUGGUAUAUUUGACUGGAUGAUUCACAAUAGAAAAGCACUAUGA